ACUUCUAACUUCACUUCUUCCUGCACUACACACUCCAGGUCCAGGCGGCUGAACUGAAGCGGACACUACCAGCCCGGGCAAGCUGCGAGCACGGCCAUGGCGGCGAACGGCGGCGACGCCAACGGCGUGAGCAGCGCCUUGGAGGCCAAGGAGCUGAAGACGGAGAUCCACAGCAACGACAGCCCCAAGACCCUCCUCAAGAAUGACGCCCUCUACGAGUACAUGCUGAACACGAUGGUGUACCCGCGGGAGAACGAGUUCAUGCGCGAGCUCCGGCUCAUCACCAAGAAGCACACCUAUGGGUUCAUGUCGUCGCCGCCGGAGGAGGGGCAGCUGCUGUCGCUGCUGCUGAAGGUGAUAGGCGCCAAGGACACCAUCGAGGUCGGCGCGUUCACGGGUUGCUCCGUGCUCGCCACCGCGCUCGCCCUCCCCGACGACGGCAGGGUCGUCGCCAUCGACGUCAGCCGGGAGUACUUCGACCUCGGCCUCCCUGUCAUCAAGAAGGCCGGCGUCGCGCACAAGGUCGACUUCCGCGAGGGCCCCGCCAUGCCCAUCCUCGACGAACUCUUCGCCGACGAGGCGAACGAAGGGAGGUUCGACUUCGCGUUCGUGGACGCCGACAAGGGGAGCUACGUCGAGUACCACGAGCGGCUGCUGCGGCUGGUGCGCGCCGGCGGCGUGCUCGCCUACGACAACACGCUCUGGGGCGGCUCCGUCGCGCUGGAGGACGACUCCGCGCUCACCGAGUCCGACCAGGACAUCCGCCGCUCCGUCAUGGCCUUCAACGCCAUGAUCGCCGCCGACCCGCGCGUCGAGGCCGUGCAGCUCCCCGUCGCCGACGGCGUCACGCUCUGCCGCCGCAUCGCCUGACCGGUGCAACUGUGCAAGCACCGAACUGCAGUGCAAAUAAGCAGCUGCACACUGCACUCCAAUUAUUAUCUAUCUAUGCAUUGUAGUGGUAAAAGACUGGUUUGUGUUUGGAAAAGAUUCUCGAGUGAUGAUGCUUUUAAUCUUGGGUGGUCUGCACUGUCAAUGGUGGAAUAAUCAUUGGUGUCACCUGUUCAUGUGUUCUUGUGCACAUCUGCAUGUCUGGUCUCUGCAUGACUGUAUGACUGUCAUCCAGACAUUCAUCAGGGCCAGGUGAGGCCGUGUCAAACCUGAUGUGAUUGAUCAAUGAUCAUCAACUGUGUGCUUUA